AUGGGGCAUUCCCCUCAUUUCAGUGAAAAUAGACUCAGUGAAAAUGGACUUCAACUGAACAUACCCAGAACAGAGUAUCUACAAUGUGGCUCUCAAACGAGAACAACAAUUCAAAUUAACGGACAAACACUGAAGAAGGCCACCCAGUUUAAAUACCUAGGGUCCCUGGUCUCCAUGGAUGGCGACACAAUGCCAGACAUAUGGUCACGAAUAAAUUCAGCAUGGUUGAAAUGGCGGCAAACUACUGGCAUUCUAUGUGACUCUAAAAUGCCUGAAAAACUCAAGGCUAAGAUCUAUACUACAGUUGUUCGUCCAGUAGCCCUCUAUGGGGCAGAGUGCUGGCCAGCAACAAAGAAACACAAACAAGCCCUUAACACAAUAGAAAUGAAAAUGUUGAGAUGGACACUUGGCCUGACACUUCUUGACCAUGUGCCAAAUGAUGACAUCCGUCAAAGACUAGGAAUACAAGCAAUUAGCAAGAAAAUGCAGGAAGCCAGACUAUGGUGGUAUGGCCAUGUCAUGAGAAGAGAACCAACAUCAGUGCUUCAAAGAGAACUACAUUUGGAGACAGCAGGACAACGACCAUGUGGACGGCCAAAGAAAAGGUGGAUGGACACCAUCAACGAAGACAAGCGUGCUACCAACCUGAGCCCUGCGGAUGCACCAAACAGAGACUUGUGGAAAUGA